GUGAGCUAGUUCUCUCCAAGUUGGGGUGGCACGAAUCAACAUAGUAUAUGUAUUGCGUUUGCGCCUCGUGAACACCGUGUUAUGAUUAUGCCUACGUUGAUCGGCCAGCUCCGAGUCAUUCAUAAAAGAUAACAAAGUGCAUGCUGUGGGCGCAACACGCAUCCUUCUAAGUUACCUCUCGAACGAAUGUAGAUGGAGUAUUCAGCUAGCGAUAUCGCGGCGGCCAGGAUUCUGCAAUACUUGGCGUACAUAUGCACGGCGUUGAUUACAUUUUGGACCUACGAUUAUCUUUGUUCACUUCACGAUGAGUGGACAUUCCUGCUUCGGUCGCGUUGGACCAAGGUGAAAUGCCUCUAUAUCACUGCACGAUACAUACCCUUUUUCCUCAUCACCUCGGACAUAUUUCUGACCUUGACCCCAGUUGAGAACUCCAAGGCAUGCAAAAUGCUCAUCAGUAUUUACUCAUGUUUUGCGGUGAUAUCACUCACUUGCUCUGAAUGUAUCUCUCCUUCCUCGCGACACAGACGUGCUCCUGAUCCAAUUCAUCCAGGCUUUUUUGUGCUCAGAACAUAUGCGCUAUGGAGCAACAAUAGAAUCAUACUCGUAGCCAUGCUGUCGACCCUUUUUGCUGUCAUCGUAUCGUUCAUCGGCAUUUGGUUUAGUGCUGUUGCCAAGUCUCAAUAUUUUUCGACUGGCGCGAUCCCAGGCAUCACAGGCUGCUACCGGACCUCGAACAGUGUCCAACUGUACCUGCCAUUUAUUGUCUUGUUUGUGUUUCAAUUGGGACUGGUCACCCUCACACUCAUACGUGCAAUACGGGACUGGCGGUCGACCAGAUACCCUCUCUAUGCUACCCUAGUGAAGCAUAAUAUAUUCUACUAUGCAUGCGGUUUGCUUUUCUCGGCUUUGAACGUCCUUGUACCAGUGAUAUUUCCCGAUGUGCGUAAACCUGCUGAUACCCUUCAAUAUGAUGGAAUCAUUGAUGUUUCACACUCCCAGUCCUCAUACCACUCCUUCCUCGAAGAUUUGGAGGUCUUUAUCCUUGCAAUCCUUGCCACCCGGAUGCACCUCCGUCUCUGGCAUAUCGACAAUAUCGUGCGCGAUCUUGAUACCCUCUCGUACAUUUCCAUGUCGGUCAUGUCACCUACAGUCUGAGACCAUAUGGUGUGGCAUCUUAUCGUGUGGCUUAUUCGGUGUAGAGUGAGGUUUGGACUAUGAGAUGACUGGUACGG